GUCUCGAUCUCGAAUAUUGUUUGAAAAAUGAAAUUGAAAAUCAACUAAUUUUAGGUUAGUGGCUUCGUCUAAGUUUGAUGCUUAAAAUAAAGGGAAUUAAGUAAAAUUUAUAAUGUCCAAACCUCUAAUUUUUUGAAGUGAUUGUAGAAAGCCUACUUGAUAGUGCAAGUGCAUUCAUUUUGUUGAUUUAUCAAACAAAAUGGAAUUUGAAAGCCCAGACGUUGAAAAGGACUUCCCAGGUCUUUAUGCAUCAGAAUCAGGAAAAAAGAGCAAUGAAAGCGAUUUCAGCGACGAGGCUCAUGAGCGAGUUUCAAAGAAAGAUUUGUUGAUUGGAAAGCGUAAAGAUAAAAAGGAUUCGAAAAAAGACCGGGGAUAUGCCACUCUGGAAGGUGAGAGCUCUCCCGAAGAAGACACCGCUGAUAUCAGGAGUCCAUCAAAAGCUAAAAAGUCGAAGCCGUUCAAGUUCCCAUCCAAGAAAGAGAAAAGAGAGAAGUCUAGAGAGAAGGACAGCAAAGAAAAAGAUAGCGAUAAGGAUAAGGAUAAAAAGAAGGAUAGCGACAAGGAGAAAGAUAAGAAGAAAGAGUUGAAAUCGAAAUUGAAGCUGAAGGAACGGAAAAAGUUGAAACACGGAGAAGAAAGUCUGGAUAUAGCUGAAGAACAGCCAAUCUUUGGAGUGGCGCUGUCUCUAGCUCUGGAGAGGAAUCGGUGUCAUGAUGGAGUCGAAAUUCCAGUUGUCAUAAGAGACUGCAUCAAUCACAUCCAAGAAACCGGAUUGUGCGUGGAAGGCCUGUACAAAGUGUCUGGAAUCAAGUCGAAGGUGCACCACGUUCGCAGGCUGUACAAUCAGCGGGAAGCUGUCUGCCUCAGCGAUUACGAUAUUCCAGUCUGCACCAGUCUAUUGAAACUUUUCAUGAGAGAUUUGCCAGAACCGAUUGUGACGACUAAGCUGGUGGCUCGAUUCGAGGAGGCGGCUGCACUGAAGGACUUGACGGCCAGAGAAGCAGAGCUGAGUGCCUUGGUGCUUAAUCUGCCCGCUUGCAACAGAGAACUCCUGGGAUGGAUGGUGAAGCAUUUGGCUGAGGUCGCAGUGCAUGAGAAACAGAACAAAAUGAACGUCCAAAACCUGUCAAUCACAUUGAGUCCAUCACUGCAAAUGAGUCAGAAGGCAAUUAGUGCUCUCAUCCAACAUUGUGAUUCCAUUUUUCCGGACAUAAAACUUACCAAGUACAUCGGGCCGUUGACGUCAGGCAGUCCAGGUUUGCCGGAGUCUGCCGAGGCGAUCGCCGAAGAGCUGAAGAAACAGGAGUCGCUGUUGGGUCAGGUGCACAGCGAGAUGAAUGCCGGAUUCGUCACCAAGCAGCGCGAGGAGUUGCUUUGGGAAGUACAGCGCAUGAUCACUCAGCUCAAGCGAAAACUGCGCAUACUGGAGAAAGGAAGUCAUGAGUCGAGUCAGGCUCAGAGUCAGAGUCGAGUGUGCGACGAGACUGAUGCAGUGCUGCCAACUGAAGAGUUGCCGUCGCCUGCGGCCACAGUUGGCGAGCCUGCUGCCAACCCUCUUCCCACCCCGCCGUCCGCCACCACCACCCCCACUAAGCAUGUGGUCGAAGCCAUCAUUGAGAGCACAGACGCCGCUCAGUCUCACGAUGGCAACACUGUUGUUCUCAACAAGGACUCGUCCACCGACCAAACAUCCUCGUCUUCAGUGGAUGAGCUGGCGCUCUGCCUGGAGACGGAGGAACUGCUAAUACUAGUCAACCAGCUGCAGUCGCAGAUCGCCAACGAACGAGCCAAGGUGGCCAACCUCCGCAGUGAGGUGCUCGCCUACGGUGGCAACCCUGCCUACUGCCAUUUCCUCAUGGAGAACUGCUCGAAAGAUGCGGCCGCCAUCUGCACCGAGAACCCGGCGCCUGAGGACGGCGCCAUUUUGAAACAGGUGCUCGCCGAAACGCAGGUGCUGCAGUUGCAGAAGAAAAACCUGACACAGACUAUCAUCGAGGAACAGGCCAACUGUAUCAACCUCAAGAUACAGAUGAAACUGUUGCAGAUCUCUUCUAGUUGAGCAUGAAAGGUUGAUACAAAUGGAAUUCAAAUUGGAUUUAUGACGUCAUACUAAGAACUACUUGCUACUUACUAUUGUCAUAGAGAAACAAUAGCUUCAGUAGAUAUCCCAUGGUAUAGGGCGUUUGUGUCGCAACUUUUACUGUUAUCUCAAGCCGAUAUUCCACGUUUUUCUUUCCCCAAAAGGUUGUGAUGCUGGUAGUCUCUCAUAUUGUGCCGUUCAUACACUCUAAAGGUGCGUACAGACUUUCGCUCUGCUCCGCAACCGAACGUCACUCCAGCAGAGCGAUUGAUGAUCGACCGGCGAGCAAGAGUGGUUCGAUCGGGGAACGCGAGAAGAUCUAACAUCUUCCGUAACGUUCAUGAUGGGUGCGUGGGCGGAGCGACUGUGGUUCGAUGGUGGUACGAGGGAGGAGCGUGCUCGGUGCGGGUUGGAAGCGCGAAUAUGUGUACGCAGCUUUACCUGGCCAAAACAGUAAAAAUCUUCAAUAAUCUAUAGUAAUCGGCUUGAGAUAACAGUAAAAGUUGUGACAUAAAUGCCCUAUAGCAUGGGAUAUCUACUUACGCUAUUGUUUCGUCAAAAUUUGUGUUAUUCGUGUUGUAGCAGCUUGGGGAACCCCGUUGUUCCACUCAAGGCCCAGGAAGCGGGCCACUCCACAGGGGCUGGCGGCUGUCAGUAGUGUCGGCUUCGAGGGGCAGCUGAAAAGAUGCUCUGUGCUGUGGGGUCGGGACAUGAAUCAUGCACACCAUCAGUGAUUCUGGACAUGUAACUGUUCACAAUCACAGAGUAGCCCGAUCUCAGUUGAGCAAUGAUGGUGCGGGUCCUUCUGGGCAGGCUUUUCUCAUCAGCAUUUAUUUGUGGUGGAUACCCCCAAACACAGGAUUAUGGACCGGCUGCACAAAAGCCGGUUGAAUUUUAGGUGGGCCGUCUACUAGAGCCAUUUUCGUCAGAACUAGCAUUGGCCGAAAACUACCGAACUCGUCCGAACGAUCCCCCAACAAAGAAAGGAAUAGAGCUGAGACAACUAGUGUUCCUAACCUAAAAUUGUUCCACAUUCUUGUUUUUUGAAGUUGUUCUGUGUCAUAAAGAUGUUUUACAAGCAUUCUAUUUUAAUGAUGGCUGAAAAUUCAACACAUCAUCAUACUUUAUAAUUGUGUCCUAGCGUUCAUCCUCAAAUAACCCUCCAAAGUCAUCAAGCAAUAUAAUUUUAAGUUAUUAUUUUUGUAUGAUGAAUGAUAUGAGUGAAUGAAUGAAUAAAUAUCGAUGAAUUUAAAAAGUUAUUUUAAUGUGUUAGGGAAAUCAUGAGUUAAUCUAUUUUGUUUCUAACAACAAAAAACUAAGGAAAAAACUGAAUUCAAGUGGAAAAUGUAGAAAAUUCUACUGAUGUGGAAUUAGAAAGUAGAAAUAAUUGUGUUAUAAUAUAUUGAUAUUGUGAUUGUGAAAUGUGAUAAAUAAAUAAUUGAUAAUUA